GGAACGGCCGGCGGGAAAGGGCAGAGCCUUGCGCAGGAACACGCGCGUGCACGCCCGCGUGGAAACACCCGCCGGCCCCGAGCGCGCGGAAGCCGACGCGAACGCGCGCGCGCUGACACCGCAACGCCCGCGAGCGCGCCACGCGUACCCGCGCGCAGUCGUGGGCAGGAGUGUGCGGGGGCGCGGAUGCCGCGUGCGGCGGGGCACGUACCGCCCCCUCUUCCCCCCCCUCCCCGCUCCGGCCCCGCCGCUCCCGGCCUGCCGCCGUGCGCGCCCCGCAGCCUCCCUCCACGGCACCGCCUUCCCUCCCCGUGACAAGUCCCGACGUCAGCGCGGCGGGCGGGAGCAGGGCGGCGGCGGCGCGGGCACGGCGGGCGCUGUACGGGAAGCCGUGAGUGCAGGGGAGCGGCCCGCACCCGGGCCGGUGCGGGGAAAGAAGAUGUCACCGUCCCUCCCUGCCACCAUCAACAUCAGGGAGCCCCGCUGGGACCAGAGCACCUUCCAGGGCCGAGCCAAGCACUUCUUCAUGGUGACUGAUCCCCGAAACCUGCUGCUCUCAGGGGCUGCACUGGAGGAGGCUCGCCGGGUGGUGGAGGACUACAGGGCAGGCAUGGUACCCCCAGGACUGACAGAGGAUCAGCUUUGGCGGGCCAAAUACAUCUACGACUCAGCUUUCCACCCUGACACGGGUGAGAAGAUGCUUCUCAUAGGCCGCAUGUCUGCCCAGGUCCCUAUGAACAUGACCAUCACUGGAUGCAUGUUGACCUUCUACAGGACCACGCCGGCCGUGCUGUUCUGGCAGUGGGUCAACCAAUCCUUCAAUGCCAUCGUCAACUACACCAACCGCAGCGGGGAUGCACCCAUCACCCCCAGCCAGCUGGGGACAGCCUAUGUGAGUGCGACCACUGGGGCAGUUGUCACAGCACUGGGGCUCAAAUCACUCACCAAGCACUUGCCAGCCAUCAUCGGCCGGUAUGUGCCUUUUGCAGCUGUGGCUGCUGCCAACUGCAUCAACAUCCCACUGAUGAGGCAGAGAGAGCUCAAGCUGGGGAUCCCUGUCACAGAUGAGAAUGGUAAUCGCCUGGGUGAGUCCACAUCUGCAGCCCAGAAGGCCAUUUUCCAGGUGGUGGUGUCCCGCAUUGGCAUGGCAGUCCCAGCCAUGGCCAUCCCUCCGGUCAUCAUGAACGCACUGGAGAAGAGGCCUUUUCUGAAGCGGUACCCAUACCUGAAUGCUCCUCUGCAAGUUGGCCUGGUGGGACUCUGCUUAGUGUUUGCAACCCCGCUGUGCUGUGCGCUCUUCCCACAGAAAAGUUCAAUGCCUGUGAGCCACCUGGAGCCUGAAGUUCAAGCUCAGAUCCGGGAGAAAGACCCACAACUGGAGACUGUCUACUUCAACAAAGGGCUCUGAGCGGGUCGCCAGGGACAGCCGGGGUGGCCAAGACGCAUGCCAUGGAGCUGCUGAGCCAGCGCAUCACUGAGAUUUGCCCCUCGGAGCCCUGGGGGCUGGUGCCGCUUUCCCUUGGCUGUCACGUGUCUGUAGGUCCCAGGUGCUUGGCCCAGCUUUCCAGGAUAUCCGCAGCCAUGUGGCACUGCACUGAACCCCAUCCCUGCACCCAGGCUCAGCCCUGUUCUGGGAGCCUCCCAACUGGUACCCUGGUGCAUUUCUCUCAUGCUCAGCCUAUAGGUGCCCAUGGCUGUGUGCAGUGCCUGGAACAGCAUGGACAGUGGCACCAGGGACCUUGUAAGAAAGGAUAUGGAGUGGGGAAGAAAACUAUGCUCCCCAGCUUGAGGAGGCAGCAGACAAUCAUGCUUUUUGAGGUUUGAACACAUCUGCAGGCAUUCCAUGUUGCCUGCGUCAUCAGCUGGUGCCUGGGCAUGGCAGAGCAGUAUUCAGGGAGGAAAGCGCCCUACAUCCGUAGUAACUGUGGGUGAGUGAUUUCAAGUGCACACAAUGGCUUUAAGCUUCCAGCUCGGGCAUGCAGCCUCAGCACACCCUCAGCUCUCUCUGGGCUGCUGAGGGGAUUUAAUCUGGCCUUGUGCUCUGUUCAUCCAGAGCAAAUGGCACAUUUUAAUCCCAUCAGAGUCCACAUCUUUAUUCUCAUUUUAAAGCCAUCUCUGUUCAGGGCUGGGCCCCCCCACCUGAGGAAGUCACUCUACCCCCUCCUGGAGUGCUUGCUUUCAGGUGAACUUUCUCAAAUAGCUUUAAGUGCACUGUGAUUUCCUCUAGCUAUCUUUGAUAUACAUACCUAUAUGUACCUACAUUUACCAAGUAAUAAAGGCAGGUUGUUUAUACAAAAUCCAAA